CUGCGCCUGCGCAAAGUCAGUGGGCGGAAGCAGCUGCAACUGAUCGCUGCUGAUAGCUGCUAACUAGCCGCUAGCUAUCGAUCCUUCGGCGGGAGCAAUGAGUGCUUUUCUUUUUUCGAGUGUUUACCGUGACGCGACCACACAUGGAUCUCUGGAGACCACUGUUCAAGGUCUGAACUGGUUUGUCAGCCUUGUGUAGCAAUUUUGGGUUUCCACCCCUCAAGUGUCCUCUAGACCCCUGGUCCCGGCCAUGGUGGUCUGAAGAGAGGGAGGGACAGUGCUUGUGUGAGCGUGCGUCGAGUCAGAGGGACCCCGGAGCAGCAAAGAGAAGCAGCACACUUUUUCCCAGGCUCCAUUCCGACAUGUCUAGCAACCGAGAACUUGUGGUGUUCUACAUUAGUUAUAAACUCUCGCAGAGGAACUACCCGCUCAGCCACAUGGGACUCAUAGAGGUGUCCAACAGGACUGACGGGGGGGAGGAAGGCUCGGGCGAGGAGGAGGUGCGGGUGCCGACGAACGCCAACGGGACUUUUAAUGGCGGCAGCCCAUCGGCAUCACCGACACGGGAGGCGUCGUGCCUGGCCGGCCUGGACGCGGUCAAGGAGGCCCUGCGGGACUCAGCCAACGAGUUUGAGCUGCGCUACGCCCACGCCUUCAGUGACCUGCACCACCAGCUGCACAUCACACCGGCCACAGCCUACCAGAGCUUCGAGAAUGUCAUGGACGAGGUGUUCCGGGAUGACGUCAACUGGGGACGUAUCGUGGGUCUGUUUGCGUUCGGUGGGGCGCUGUGCGUGGAGUGCAUGGAGAAGGAGAUGAGCCACCUAGUGGGCAGGAUCAUCGAGUGGAUGACGGUCUACCUCGACAACCACAUCCAGCCCUGGAUAGAGAGCCAAGGGGGAUGGGAGCGUUUUGCCGAGAUCUUCGGCCAAGACGCGGCGGCCGAGGUUCGCAGGUCCCAGGACACGUUCAAGAAGUGGCUUCUGGCCGGGAUGACGCUGGUGACCGGGGUCGUGGUGGGCUCGCUCAUCGCCCAUAAGCGCCUGUGAUGACCCCUGAAAACACACACACACACACACAUCUAGAUAAAGGUUGUGUUUGGUGGAAGGAGAUGUUGACUUUGUUGUCCCGCCCACUAGCGGCCAUCAUACGUGUUCUUGUUUCCUUCCCGUGCACACAUUCACUGAAUACACGCUCUUCCUCCUCCAAGCGUCAUUUCCUCUUCCUCUACCAUCUUUUUCUUGCUUGCUGAUGACCCCUCGCAACGAUGACCUUUGCCCCCCCCCCCCCCCCCCCCCCCCCCGGGGAAUAGUGGAAAUGACAAAAAGAUCUUUUCCACGGUUAAGGUCCCCACGAAAGCUUAAGAAUAAUUGGAUUGCUCGCAGUGGUUGUCCUAAGUUCUAUGGUUAUCAUCAUACUUUUCCUGGUGCAAGGAGUCGAGUAGCAGUCGUGUUCUUAGUACUGCCACUGCAGGUAUUACUAGAAUAAAUGACUGUACUAGUAGUGGUAUUUCUCAUCUUGUACUGAGCAGCCACAGCCUUGCCUCCAAUUCUGAUUCUAUGGUUAUUAACUUUUCCUGAAGCGCUACCGUGGUGACCUGAGGGGCAGUUUGACCCUGGAACAGAUCAUUUGUGUCAUCAGUGAUUGGGAUGGACCGGCAGACAUUACUAGUCGCUGAGAAGAGCCGAGGAGGACGAGGAGGAGGAAGAGGCGUGAUGCCGCAUGGUUCCGUCACGCUGCCUGUUGUUGACGUGUUCGUUUGUAACCUGUGCUGCUCUUUCUUUUCUUCUCUCCUUUUUAACCAACAACCUUUUUUCAUCUUUGGAACCCAAUGACAAGUUUUAUUAAUCCUGAUUUUUAUCUUACUGUUCAGUCAGCGUGCGGGGGAGCUCGCUUUGUCCGCCAUGCUUUUCUAGACAGUAGCUGACCAAUACAGCGAACGUUGUAGCAACACACACACACACACACACAUGCCUCAGCAUGAACAUGAACAUGUAGAUAUUUUGGAUGUAAAAGUUGUAACGUCGGUGACAGUUACCCCCCCUUCCCCGCAUACGAGCAGUUAAUAAAAGUUGCUACCACAUUCCU